AUGGAGUUGGAAGAACUGCAACUUCCAUCUGGAAUGGUGGAACCCUUUAAUAGGAAGCAUCCCAAACUCCUUAACAUGCAAGGAAACUUGGAUCAGAGUGGUAGGCAUUCCCCUGUACUUGUGGUCUCAGAAAGUCUUCCAAGAAAUUGGAGAAAAUCAGGUUAUGGAACCAAUGGAGAAGAAACAAGGCUGAAUCCAACACAAGGUUUUACCCAGAGGAUAAUCCAAAGUGCAAGCUGUAAUUCUGUACUAGAAUCCCAUCAAUUAAGGGAUUCUGGUCAGAAACAACAUAUGGGUUGUAAGAGAAAAACAGCUGGAAGGUUGACAUUUCACAAGAAAAAAAAGGACCUUGUCCUUAAUUCUUACUUGCCAUACAUCAUGGAAGAAGCAAUAUUGCAAAAACACAAAAACAAAAUGAUCAAGAUUCAUACUGUGGGUCACGAAGAGAUGUACAAUUUACAUGACAUGUGGAAGCCGGUGAAUUUUGAUCAUCCCACCACUUUUGAGACAAUCCCGAUGGAAUCAGACCAGAAACACAUGAUUUUGAAGGAUUUGGAGAGAUUCAUGACGAGGAAAAAGUAUUACAGAAAAGUAGGGAAGGCAUGGAAAAGAGGGUAUUUGUUGUUUGGUCCUCUGGGGACUGGGAAAUCUAGUUUGAUUGCUGCAAUGGCGAAUUAUUUGACCUUCGAUAUAUAUGAUUUGGAGUUGACUGCAUUGAUGAGGAAUUCAGAUUUAAGGAAGUUGUUGGUUGCCACAAUCAAUGAGUCAAUUUUGGUGAUUGAGGACAUUGAUUGUACCAUUAACUUGCAAGCUAAUUUGCUUAAUCGAGCUAUUUAUGUUAGUUCAGAUGAUUUUCAUCAGACAGAAAGCACGGUAAAUUAGUCAUAUUUUCUGUUUCCUAUCUUUCCUAUUCCUCUUUUUGUGCAGUA